CACCCGGAGACCCCGAGGGAGGUGUGGGCACUCCUACCCCCUCCCCGGACCCACCCCUGCGGCAGGACUCAGGAAGACCUCAGCUGGAGAGGAAGCUCAGCUUUCCUGUGGAGGCUCCAGAUUCAAGUCCCAGCUCAAAAAAAAGAAAAAUUCUUUGUUAUAGUAGCAAACAAUAGGAUAAGGGGUAAGAUGCCUCAGGCUGAAGAGACAGUCCUGGAGACUUCCAGCUCUGAGUCUGAAACUAAGGAAAGCAGCCCAGAACUCACGGAAGUGGGACCGACCGAGGAGAAGUCAGAGAAGGAACCAAGACUCGAGGACAGCCUGAACAUCCAGUAUGAGGAGAAGGUGCGCCCGUGCAUCGACCUCAUCGACUCCCUGCGGGCGCUGGGCGUGGAGCAGGACCUGGCCCUGCCCGCCAUCGCCGUCAUUGGGGACCAGAGCUCGGGCAAGAGCUCCGUGCUGGAGGCCCUGUCGGGGGUGGCCCUCCCCAGGGGCAGUGGGAUCGUGACGAGAUGUCCUCUGGUGCUGAGGCUCAAGAAGCUGGUAGGGAAAGAUGCAAAGUGGAGAGGGGUCGUCAGCUACCUGGACCACGAGAUCGAGCUCCUGGAUGCUUCCACUGUAGAACGGGAAAUCCGCAGAGCCCAGAACAUCAUCGCCGGGGAAGGUGUGGGCAUCAGUCAGGAGCUGAUCAGUCUCGAGGUCAGCUCCCCCAAUGUCCCAGAUCUCACACUCAUAGACCUGCCUGGCAUCACCAGGGUGGCUGUGGGCGGCCAGCCAGCUGACAUCGGGGACCAGAUCAAGCGUCUCAUUCGAAAGUACAUCUCCAAAGAGCAGACCAUCAACCUGGUGGUGGUCCCCUGCAACGUGGACAUCGCCACCACCGAGGCCCUGAGCAUGGCCCGGGAGGUGGACCCCGAGGGAGACAGGACCAUCGGUAUCUUGACCAAGCCGGACCUGGUGGACAGAGGCACUGAGGACAAGGUGGUGGAUGUGGUACAGAACCUUGUGUACCACCUGAAGAAGGGCUACACGAUUGUCAAGUGCCGGGGCCAGCAGGACAUCCAGGAGCGGCUGGGCCUGGCCAUGGCCCUGGAGAAGGAGAAGCUCUUCUUCCAGGUGCACCCGCAGUUCAGGCGGCUGCUGGAGGAAGGACGGGCCACCAUCCCCUGCCUGGCCGAGAAGCUGACCUCAGAGCUCAUCAUGCACAUCUGUAAAUCGCUACCCAUGCUGGAGAAUCAGAUCAAGGAGCAACACCAGAAGGCCAGUGAUGAGCUGCAGACGUUUGGAACCGAAGUCCCGGAAGAAGAAAAUGAGAAGAUGUUCUUCCUGAUCGGCAAAAUCAACAUGUUCAACCAGGCCAUCCAGGCGCUGGUGCAGGGUGAGGAGGCAGUGAGUCUGUCUGGCACGCGGCUCUUCAACAGGAUCAGGUCCCUGUUCCAACGCUGGAGCUUGCUGAUCGAAGAGAAUUUCAUGAAAAGCCAUAAAGCCAUGCAGAGAGAAAUCUACAGGUUUGAGCAGCAGUACCGUGGCCGGGAGCUGCCAGGCUUCGUCAACUACAAGACCUUCGAGAUCAUCGUGAGGGAGCAGAUCAGCGCUCUGGAGGAGCCGGCUGUGGACAUGCUGCACCGGGUUACAGAUAUCAUCCAACUUGCCUUUGCGGAUGUUGCCAAAACGAAUUUUGAGGAAUUUUUCUGCCUCUUCAAAACCAGCAAGGCCAAGAUCGAGGACAUCAAGCAGGAGCUCCUGGAGGAGGCCGAGAGGAUGAUCCGGCUGCACUUCCAGAUGGAGCGCAUGGUGCACUGCCACGACAGCACGUACCGUGCCACCCUGCAGAAGGUGCGUGAGGAGGAGGCGGAGGCGGAGAGGAAGAAGAAAGGGGACAGGCCCCAGCUCUCACCCCCGUCCCAGCCCUUGGGCUCCAUGGAAGAGAUUACCCAGCACCUGCAGGCCUACCAUGAGGAGACGAGCCGGCGCCUGUCCACGCACGUCCCGCUGCUGGUGCGGUUCUUCAUGCUGCACACCCUGGCGCAGCGGCUGCAGGAGGCCAUGCUGCUGCUGCUGCAGGACAGGGAGGGCGUGGGGAAGCUGCUGCAGGAGCGCGGGGACACGAGCGCCAAGCGCAGGUUCCUCAAGGAGCGGCUGUCGCGGCUCUCGCAGGCGCGGCGCCGCCUGGCCCAGUUCCCCGGCUAGAGCGUCCAGGGUCGGGCCUCAGUGUUGGGACGGCCCAAGGGACAGACAGAAAAGCCUGGCCCCCGCCCCUGGCCCCGCCUACGACAAGCCCU